AUGUCUGUUAAGUCGGAUGAAGCCACUGAUGAUGAGAUUAAAGCCUACGAAAAGGGGAUCAAGGCUGACGAGAUGACUAGAUGCUACAUUCUUGCCUCUAUGGCAAAUGUGUUGCAGCAUCAACAUCAAUCCAUGACUACUGCAUAUGAUAUGUUUAAAUCUCUCAAAGAGAUACUUGGUGAGCAAAAUCGUCCUGUAAAGCAUACGGUCAUGAAAGCUCGUUUGACCAUAAAAAUGGUUAAAGAAACUUUAGUAAGGGAACAUGUUUUUAAAAUGAUGAGUUUGUUGAAUGAGCUGAAAAUUCUUAAUGCGGUUAUUGAUAUGGAAUCUAAGGUUGAAAUGGUCCUGCAGACUCUGCCGGACAGUUUUCAGCAGUUUUGCUUGAAUAAUAAUAUGAAUAAUAUGGACUUAUCUCUUGCAAAAUUGUUGAAUGAGGAGCAAACGGCAAAAUCUAUCAUUAAGCAACAAGAUCCUCCUGCGGCUUUGAUGGUUGAAAAACCUUCAGCUUCGACUUUUAAGCUGAAAGGCGAAAAGAAAAAAAAAGCUUCGUAA